UUGCAAAUCAAAGAGAACAGCGAGGGGGAGGAGAGCAUCCUCGCAGGAGACUCCGACUUCCGCAAGCUCUCCAUCGUCUUGAUCGUCACGUGGUUCCCCUUCCCGCUGUGGUUCAGCUUGAGUGUGGAGGGAUUUUCGGUCAUCACUGAUGGCUUCAUCAUCGAAAUGGGCUGGGUGAUAUUGAACAUCGUGUCGAAGUUCCUUUUCAUCAUCAUGAUGCAGCGAUACAAGAUGAUCCACCAGCGCAAGAUCGAGGCGGCCCGAGAGCUGUAUGGCCUGUCUCCUUCCGAUGACGUCAACGAGGAAGAGCUGAAGAAGCAAGCGCUCACCAACGGGGUUGCAAAUGGAGGCAUCAACGCCGAGGCUUACGGCCUGGGCCAGGGAGAGGAGGCGCAGAGCGAGUUGAAGCUCGUUGAGCUGGUGGCCGAGACGAUGGGGCCAUUUUGUAGCUUCCAUCUCAGCACAAAGACCAUGUCCCGCGUUGCUGGCAUCGUGUUCGCUGCCUCCCUGGCCCUCUACGGUGCCAGCUGCUUCAUCGUGCCUGCGACUCUUCCGAAGGGCGCACCUCAGACUGAGUCGGGUGCUGUGGUGGGACAGCCAAGCGCCAUCAACGGCACUCCACAGUCAGCUUCCUGGAGCCCGCUUGCUGUCGGUGCAGCCCUGGGGCUUCUGAUCGCCGUGGCUACUGGCCGACCUGCUUUUGCUGCGGACCUGGAGAACGGUGAGGCUAUCUUCAACGGCAACUGCACUGCCUGCCACGCGGGUGGGAACAACUCCAUUGUGGCGGAGAAGAAGCUUAAGAAGGAAGCCCUGGUCCAGUACGGCAAGUACGACGUUCAGGCCAUCAUCACCCAGGUGACCAACGGCAACGGCGCCAUGCCUGCUUUCGGUGAGAAGCUGGGUCCCGAUGACAUCGAGGACGUGGCCAACUACGUCUACAGCAAGGCUGACAAGUGUCAUGUGACGCCCUGGAUUCCCACGUCUCUGAACGCCCGUUGGCAUCGCAGCAACGUGGUGUUCUGGAAGUGCACUGGAUUUGAUGAUGCCAAUGCCUAUGGCGUCAUUGUUGACCCCCAGCUGCCUGCUUUGGGACAACACAUGGGUUCGAGAACAUUCAGGUCCACGACGUCGAAGAUAGCAUGGAGCCUCCGGUUCCAGAUGCCCAUGCGGGUCGGACAGAUCUACGUUACUUUUGGCUCAGUUGCCCCUUGCUGGCGCGACACACAAGACCAAUGGCAAGCAGAGAUGCCGACCCCAAGCUUCUGUAGUGGCGUUUGCAGAAUUGCUGGGCAGUUCGCACCGGGUGCGAACUUCAAUGUGGCGGAGUUCUUUUCAGGAUACAUGGGAGGCUGGGCUGCGGCUGCAGAAGAACUCCCUCACUGGGAUGUUCAGGUGGCUUUGGACAACGACAAAGCGGCAGUGAGUUGCUACUGCCUAAACCACCCCGGACAGGUGGUACAUGACCCGGCACACCUUGGCUUCCCGAUUAGCGAUCAGAGAUUGAUCAUCUGCUCUGACUUCGAGAACCUGGCAUGGACGAACGCCUUCAACUUCAGGAAUGUUAACACCUUUUCUGUUUCUGCGCCGUGCCAAAGCUGGUCAGGAAUGGGGACCAAAUCUGGGUCCGCCUCUGAAAAUGGUCGGGUCCUGAUCCGGACUGUACAAGCAGCAAGGCUUCUGCAACCUGCUCUGGUAAUGGUCGAACAAGUGGCGGGAUUCAGACAGCACCCUGAAUUCGAGCAGUUUAUCACCACGAUGCAGGAGGCAGGUUUCCGCCUCAUGGCCAGUUCCAUUCAUGACUUGGAGCUCUUGUCUUACACUACAAGGCGGCGAUGGUUUGGAAUUUUCUUGAAUACAGUGCAUGUUCGACAAUGGGAGCAUGUGGGUAGAUGGCUUCAUCCGAUCCUCAGGGAGAAGCACACCUAUCAGCCCAGCUACCACUGCAUCACUGUUAUGACAGAAAGUCAAAGAGCAAUCGUCACGAUCUCUGAGGAGGACUUCCAGAUUAUGAAUGACCCGGGCCUACUGCCAAAGUGGACUAGGCAUGCUCCCGGCGCCCAGUCAGGUGCCAUGCACUUUAGGGUGCAAGGGGUGGGCAUGAUCUGGCCGACAAUCCCAGCGUCCUACAGAUCCUCGGUGUCCUUCGGCAGGGACUACCUCACUGCUGGAGGCCUCAUGACUUGGGUCAUCAGGGAUGCUUAUGGUGAUGUCAGAUGGGCUAGUAAGUUUGAGGCUGCUCGGGCCCUUGGCUUCUCGGUGCAGACCAUACUACCGGUGGAAGAAGAUGAAGGAUUCAAAGCAGUGGGCCAGUCCAUUUCUCCUCUGCAGGCUGCUUUGGUUAUGUGCCAAGCGCAGGAAGUCUGCCGCUUGCAAGGGCACGACACUCCGUCGCAAGGCUUCGCGGAGGUGGUCGAGGAGCUUCGUGGCAAGCAAGGCCCCAUGGACACCUUUUACAUCCGAAGCCACGGGCUACACCAUGAGUGUUUGGCUUCGAGGCUUCCUACGCCUACACAGGUGGAAAUUCGGUGUCCUCACUGCCAUGCAACAACUGAUCAACCUCUGAUCUUGGCCUGCCCCAAAUGUUGUAUGGUUGCUUGCCACCGGUGCCUUACAGACACAUGCCUGGACUCCCACUUCAGGGUGGUGCAAGAGUGCACGGAGCAGCAAGAGCUGGAGGAGCUCAACAGGCAGUACCGGCCCCCGGCCACAGGCGUUCGGCUGUUCAAGCUUGUCCGUGUCGAGACUGGUUUCUUCGAAGACCUGGAGUGCGAUGUGGCACAAUCAGUGGGGCAGGUGUACCUCUACUGUGACCUGCCACAAGGAUCCAUAUUCUUCAAGGAUCAGAUCAUGGUGAGAGAUGACUACCCCCCGCAACACGGAGAUGUGUUACAUGCAAUGCGCAAUACAAGGACUGAUGAUGCUUGCCCACUGUGCCAUACCUUUGCUAUGAACACACAGCUCCGGCUGUGUUUGAUGUGCAAGCGAAUUGGCUGUGCAUUGUGCAUUGCGGACAAGUGCGCACGGUGCACUGGCGGAGCCUUGUCCUGCCGGACGUGCCACGAACGGGUGGCAGACUCCUACAUCAGGGCCCUCCAUGAACAGGCGUCACUUCGCCUUGAGCAUGAUAUACAGCCUCAGCUUCCGGAAUGGGACUGGACACUGUCUUGUGACAUCGAAGGAGAGUGGGAGCUGCUUACAGUGCUGGCCUACCCAGUGGGAAGGGCCACAGUCAAGAGGAGCCUUUUCCACAAUGCGGCCCACAUCAUCGAUACAGUCAACAAGAUGGGCUACGACCUGCCCAACGAAGUGCAGCUUUUCUGGGGUGACUCCACUACCCCAAAUUUGCUCAAGGCUAUCGAGGGAUAUAUUUUGGUGGUUCCAACCAAUCAGCUGGGCAUGGGCAGGAUUCCCAUCAUCUGCAGAACCCACAAAGGGGAACAAAUCAAGAUGUGCCCUCCAACACAGCCGGUGAGUGCAUGGGCCCGAUCCAUGAUGACACCUGAUGAGAGGCAGGCUGGCUACAAAGUUCUGUAUCGCCAACAAGUUCUUGAUGGGACAACAACGCUGACCCUCACCACGGGUGACAUCCUUACCAAGAUCCCGGCGUGGAAGCAACAGAGCCGGUCUCUUGAUUUUCCAGAGGAAGGCUUGAGAUUGUUGGAUUCGGUCAUGAGCCCAGCGCCCCCGGAGCCCUUGCAAACUGCUGGGUUAGGAGGCUCAGUUCCUGGAACAAUCACAAAUUGGUGUGGAGUGGUGAUGUUAUCUGGUGCCUUCCAGCCUCUACCUGUCCCCUUUCCUGGACAGACUUGGGAGCAGUGGACUGCACAUCCGCCGUUACCACCGAUCGACACCAUCUGGGCCACGUCCAAUGGAAAACAUUUGGACUCAGAUCAACCCCUGGAAGGCCGGCCAAUUCUGCUACGCCUUCAUGUCCGAGUGCGAGGCGGUGCCAAGGCCAAUGGAAAGCACGAUGUUGUGGCCAAGAAGCUGGCAGCGCACCUGCAGACAAAAGGUGUUCCUGCAGACGAAGCCCCCAACAGGGCAGAGGCAGUUAUCAGUGCUUUGGGGCUCUCGCGGCCGGGACCAAAAUCCGCCUUGUCAAGCCGGAAGAGCUCAGGCAGAGGGCCAAAGCCCCAACCUCGAGAAGUCUCCGAGGCUCCGAUCAGCCUCAUGCCAGGAUUCUUCUUGGAUGCAGAUGCCCAGCCCUUACCAAUCCUGCCACACUUGGUUGCCGAAGGAAAAGGCGUCGCACUUCUCAAUGUGGAAGAGACCCAGACGCACGCAUCGGCCAACUACCUGCUAUCUGAAGAAGAAUUGGCUGCAGUCGUUGUUUCCCCGACGCCCCCUGCAACUGGUCAAAUGCCUUGCAGACCUAUUUCCUUUGCAGCAAUGCAUGGAGACCAGAAAGUCUUGCUCAGAGGCUAUGUGGUGGAUUUUGGCCAGAAGCAGGCAAAGCUAAAAGAAGCCAUCCACAGGGUCACUGUCGAGCUGGAAAACAUGGCUACGAUCGCUAUGGAAGUGAGACGUGAAUAUCAAGCUUCUUGGGACGCGGUCACCAGGAACCCGCUCCGAUAUGCAUGGUCUAUGGUGGACGGACUUCAGGCUGCAACUGCCACUACGUGGUCUCGAAAGUACUUUGCUGGAAGAAAGGAAGCUGCAGCUGAGUCAGCGACCACGUGGCACUGCUUUGCCAAGAUCCCGGGCAAUGGGAUCGACCAAUUUCUGGUCCAAUCUGGGAAAGGAGGUGUCUUUCUCAUCCCCAAGUCCAAUGGCGAGACUUCCUUAGCCGGACAUUUCAGGGUCAUAUGGCUUGACCACACGGACCUGGAUCGUGCAUCUACAGUUCAGCGGACCCACCCUGACAUCCUGGGACUGGUCCGGGGAAGAGAAACGCUGGGAGUUCGAGUUCGCGCAUCCAAUUAUUCUUCUACGAGGAAGAAGAUUGAGCCUGCCUGGUGCCCUCAAGGAUUGCUCACUGAUUUGGUGGUGGAGGUUCGCUGGAACGUCGCACCACUACCACCUCAUACAGACAAAGCUGCAGUGCAGCGCAUAAUCAAGGAGCUCAAGUGGAAAGCGGUUCCACUCAAACAACUAUCUUCGACAACUUGGGUUGUGGGAGCUUCCGAAGCAGACCCUGCACCCACGGACGUCUUUGACUUCGACAACAAGCCCGUGCUGAUAACACGCCAGACGGUUCGUCAAGCGAACCUUCCCGAACAGAUGGUGUUAGCAGCCCCGCCGGCAAGCAAGAAGUCUUUGGUCUCCCGCUUCACCGCUGGAAGAUGGCAAGCGCCUGCCAUUCAGUCUCACCAGGACUCUUCGAUGGAGUCCACUCCAGGGCCACCGGUCACGGCCAGAUCUCUACUGGCUGAGCUACGUGAUGAAGUCAAUCAACGCCUUGGAGAUUUUCAGGCCCAAGUACAACAGGCUGUUAAUGUGGUCAACGAGAAGGUGCAGGAAGCCCAGCAAGCAGCAACUACCUGUACCAUGGAAACGGAGGCCAUGCUAUCUCGCCAGGAACAACGCGUUUCCCAGCUGGAGUCCUCGGUGCAAAGCCUCAGCAGCCAGAUCGUCACAAAGACAGACUUGCAAGACGCUCUCAAGGCUGCUAUGGAGCUCCAGAGCAGGGAAAUUAGGCUCUCAGAGUCGGGUGACGGGAAUGGGGCCGAGGGCAGUACCAAUGGCACUGUUUCAAUCAUGUUGUCUAUGACGGCAAUUCAGCUGGAGAUUUACGUGUUUGUGUGCCUCAAUGCCAAGGUUCGGGUUAUUUCUGUGUAUGGUUACCACUCUGGUAUCAAAGACUCUGUUGCCAAGAACGAUGUGCUCAUGACUAAAAUUCUUCAUCGUGCUCAAUCAUUUCAGUUGCCGGUCAUCAUCGCUGGAGAUCUGAAUUGUGACAUCAACCAACUGGAGUCGUGGCAAUCUGCUGUUGCUCGUGGUUUUGUUGACAUUGCAGCACGUCAAGCUUCUCUGAUGGGUGCGGAGCCAGAACCUACCUACAAGGGACAUAGUCGCCUUGAUUAUAUCUUGUGCAACAGGGCAGCUGCCACUGUGUUUCAGUCAUUGAUUGUCGAUCCAUGUGGGUUCUCGGACCAUGCUGUUCUUUCGGCCUCAUUUGAUUGGGACAUGUAUCAACCGGUCGUGCCUCGGUGGUCUUUUCCUCGAGCCCUUGACGACAACCCAAGGAUUCUCGCAGCUGUCUCACAGUUGGAACCUUCGUCCAGUCUCCUUCAGGAGUUUCAGGAAGCUGUCAGCUCGGCUGAUACCCACAAUGCACUUCAGGUGUUUGCUAAAGCCUUUGAAGACAAGAUUGAUAGAGCCCAUCGUCAAGUCUUUCACACCCCGGCGCCCCCGAAGUUGCUGGGUCGCACUAGAUGUAAGAUCCAAUGCAAAAAGGACAAGCCUGUGACGGUGGAUCCGGCUUCGCAAUCCGCGUCGGAUGGUGUCAAGGCUUUCUGUCUUGAUAAGGCAUACCGAUGGGCACAAGAACUUCAAGCACUUCGCUUGAAGAACAAGGACCUGCCCAAACGGCAUGUUCUCUGGAAGCACCUGUUACAGUGUGAAGGGUUCUGUCCAUGCUUCUCAGAAUGGCUUCUGAAUCAUGACGUGGUUCCAUGGAUUCCAUUUCAGUUGCCUGAUGAUGAAUGGCUGGAUCGUGUAGUACAGGCGCUGGGUUAUGAGUGCAAAAUUCUCCAACAACUGCAGAGCAAAGAAAAGAACGCUAGGAUUGCCAGAGCGAUGCGAGCUGAUUGGUCCAAGGGUGGGCGACUCCACUCCGCUUCAAUCAAACCUGUACCACUUGGGACACUGGAUUCCUUGAUGGUGGUCCAAGAGCGCCCUUUUACUUUGCUCAGGUGCCAUAAAGACAAGGCAGCUCAAAUUUCUUUUCUGGAUGACACCCCUACCCCCCCGGGGGCGCAAUUGACCUUUCCUACGUCAGAAGGCCCACGCAAUGCAGCUGUUACAAAGGUGGUGGGAUCCAAAGCUCAGCUGGACAUUUCAGCGUCGGCGGCUAUCCGAUCUUUGAAGACAGUGCAACAGAAGGUGUGGUCUACAGAUACUGGGUAUAUUGCUUCGCAAGUACAGUCGUUCUGGAAAACUUUCUGGCAGCCUGACAGUGGACCGGAUAUGGGCCAGGUUACACAAAUGGUGGAGUGCUUGCCCCAGAUCCCUCAAUUUGACGAUACCGUUUGCCCUCAGGAAGUUGCCUACGUAAUCGCCAAGAUGCCCGCUGGCAAAGCAAGAGGGAUGGAUGGUUUUUCUGCUGGUGAACUCAAGGCGUUGGGACCACGGGAGCAUGGUAUGCUCGCCCAAAUCUUCAAUCUCAUCACUCAGACGGGUGAGUGGCCGCAGGCGCUCCUUUCAUCUUUUGUGGCACUUCUUGCAAAGGUACCACAGCCUCAAACACCAAAGGACGCAAGGCCCAUUACUGUCUUGCCUACACUUUACAGGCUCUGGGGCAAGAUCAUGGGGAUGAAGAUUAUGCAAGCGCUGCUUCCCUUUUUGCCGGAUGACUUGUUUGGCUCGGUGCCAGGAAGGUCGGCAUGCGAUGCAGCAUGGGAACUUCAAGCUAUGCUGGAGCAAGCCGCAUCAGACGACCAGCAAACCUUGGGAGUCUCGCUGGACCUGUCAAAGGCAUACAAUACUAUUCCACGUCAGGUUGUGGCUGCUUUGGCUGAUCGGUGUGGCUGGCCUCCUAGCCUAAAAAAUGCCUAUCUGAACUUCCUUGGAAGUUUCCAUCGUUUCUUCAAGCUGCAUGGAGGGUUUCAUAGCCCAACUCACAGUACCAAUGGAGUCCCUGAAGGCUGCCCCAUUGCUGUGCCAGUGAUGAUUAUGACUACAUUUCUGGUCACAAACUGGACUACAGCGAGCAAUGACACAGCUCGUUUUCUGAGUUAUGUCGAUAACUGGACGCUGCUUGACAGGUCAAUUCAUGGGCUUAACACUGGUCUUGACAGAGUCUUUCAUGCCACUCAGUCGUUGGCGCUUUUGCUUAAUCCUGAUAAGACCAGAGCCUUCGCUACCACUGCUGGGCUUCGAUGUCAGCUUGGCAAACUGGUAUUCGCUGGUCACCGAGUCAAGGUCUGCCACUCUCAUGAUGAUUUGGGAGUCUGUUUUACUUCUACGUUGAAACCGACUUCCUGCAGCCUACAACAGAGACUGAAGUCCAAUGAGGCCAAGCUGAAAAAGCUACAGGCAAUGCCAUGGACAGCACAACGAAAGGUCGAGGUGCUCAACCGCACUAUUUGCCCCUCAUUGCUGCAUGGAGUGUCCUGGGCUUCAACUCCUGCCACGUACAUUGCAACGCUGCGUGGCAAGUUUUCGGCUGCAAUUUGGGGCCAAGAUCAUCAUCGAGACCACUUUCUGGGUCCCCUGUUUUCUCUGAAACAGACCUACGAACCAUACAUCCGCAUAUUCAAGCUGCGAAUGGCAGACAUCCGAAGAGCUUUUGCCAGGAAUCCUGCCAAGACUGUCUUCAUCUGGAAUGCAGUGGUGGCCUCUCCUAAAGGCAAUGGGCCUAUACGCUACCUGAUUGAGAUGUGUGGUCAAAUUGGGAUACUUGUGCAGCCAGACUUGCAACUAUGGUUCCCAUCUGGAGCAGUGAAUCACUUGUGUCUGGCGGCUGUUGCCCAUCUUACAGAGCAGGUCACGCAAGCAUGGCUUUGUCAUGUAGCAGUCAAGCUUCAAGAUAAAGACGGUCUGGAAGGUCUACAAGCAAUUGACUUUGCUUUCUCCACCAAGCUUCGUCAUAUUACAAAGGUGGAGCCGCAUAUCUUGGGGUCCUUCACUUCCAAUGCAGCUGUCCCUACGAGAAUCAAGAAAAAGUUUCUGCCGGUGCAUGAGACAGUCUGUAAACAUUGUGGUCAGGAUGAUGAUGCAACGCAUCGGUUGCUGCACUGCCCCUUUUAUGCAGCAGCUCGUCACAAUUUCCCUGUGCAGGAAGCUGAGCAAUGGCCUAGACUGCUCACCGAAAGAGGCCUCUCUCGUAAGCCAACUUCUCUGCAAGCUUGGGAGCAGCUUAAUGAUGAUCGACCGUGGCCUCCUAUGCCCGAGUGCUUGGACCAGGACAUGCAUCUUUUCACAGAUGGGUCUACUGACGGUGGUAACGCAAUUCCGAGAUCUGCUUGGUCUGUCGUCAUGAUGGAGCCAGGUUCCUUUGACAAUGCUGUGGUCCAAUCGGGACCUCUGCCUGGAAAGCAGUCCAAUUAUCGUGCAGAGUUGUUUGCAGCACUGGCUGCUAUCCAUUCAUCUCCAUCCGCAACUUUGUACAUUGACAAUUCUUCCGUGGUGCAGGGUCUUCAACGUCUUCAGAAAGAUGGAUGGGAUCUUUUUUAUUGGGCAAAAAACACAGAGGUGGAGCUGUGGUCUCUACUUUGGAAGACCCUCAAGGCUAAGAAUCCUUCUGCUUGGAGCUUUGUCCAUGUGAAGUCGCACCGAUCUUACAAGGAAGAGCCAGAUGACUUUGCAGCCUGGACAGCUUAUGGAAAUGAUCAAGCUGACAAGGAGGCGAAAAGAGCAAACAAGACCAGAGAAGCCUCUGAGAGCACAGCUUAUCAUGCAGCUUCAAAAGACUGGAGUUUUCAGGUACAAAGGAUGACACUGCUCGCUUUUCUCCAAAAGGCUGUCUUCCAAGGGAGACCAGCCCAAGAAAUCAAAGACCCUCAGUUCAACAGGAAUCCUUCAACUGAUGAUGGUGCCUCUUUGCAGUUAGGGCGGCCUUUGCCUUCUUUAUCUGUGCUACCAGAGGACACAUACGAGGAUGGUCUCCUGGGUCCAAGGUUUCUUUGGGUGGUGCACAAGUGGUGGUCGGAGCAAAAGUGGUGUGAGUUUUCCUCAGGAAUGAGUAUUGCCGAGCUCUAUUUCUGGUUUUCCGAAUGCACUGGUUGGAUGGCCCCGCAAAACCUGGCCACCUGGAGCCAGACUUCUAUUCCCUUCGAGUGGAAGACAACUGUCCAGACAGCUUUUGCCACUGAGCAGGACUAUGCUUCACUCAGUUUCUCAGAAGUUCCUUUCGCCAAACAAUGUACCGUCUUUCUGCAUGCUUUGAAGUUCUUUGCGCUGAGGCACAGGCUUCAGCUGGGAAUUACAAGGGGACAGGCGCUCUCUUUCCUGGAUUGUUUCGACCCGGUUCCUAUGGUCACAGUGGCACCAACAUGUUUGAUCCAGGUCCGCAAGCUUUUCAGGGAUCGUAUCGAUCGUUGUGCAUUUGCUUCGUCCGAGGAAUCGCCGUGGGCUCUCAUUGAUGCAGCCCAGCGCCGCUGGACAGCGGAGAAGAUGAACAUGGGCCAGGACAGCGGAGGUAACAUCGAGAAGGAAGACCCUUUCAAGAAGCUCCUGGAAGCCAACAAGGAGCGCCUUGGGGUCAAAAACCUGGCGAACUCCCUGCCUGGGAUGCCUGGCAUGUAUUCCGGCCUGAACACCCCUCCCGUGGCGGGCAUGGGCGGCAUGGGCGGCAUGGGCAUGAUGGACAUGGCUGGCAUGGAGGAGCAGAUGAUGUCCGUGAUGAACAAGGUGAUGGUGCCAUUCCAGGACAUGGUCAUGGGUCGGAUGCAGGCCAUGGAGGAGAACAUUCAACGGCAGAUGGAGAUGACGCAGGAAGCCAUCUCCCAGCGUAUGGACUUCUCACAGGUCUCGCUUCUGCAGACCGUCAACGCCUGCCAAGUGCUGCUUCACAAGCUGGACUCGUCGCAGGAGACGGUGAUGCAGAAGAUGGACACGCAAAAGGGCAUUGUGGACCGCAUGGUCGAGUCCUACUCAGGCCUCGUUCAGAACAUCGACAGCGCCAGCGACAACACAAAGAGAUCCCUCCUGGACACGGUCAACACAUCAUCCGCCGUUAUGCUUCAGAAGCUCGACACCACGCAGCAGGAUCUCCUCAAGCAGACUCAUGAGUCUCAUGCCGUACUCCAGGGAGUGGCGCAGUCGCAGACCAGCCUGGCAAAGAAGGUGGAUUCUGGCAACGAGUUCACGACGCGCCGUCUGGUGGAGGUGGAGACCUGCCUGAGCAAGAAG